GUUAUGGUUCUAGAAAAAUGAUGAUAAUUAUAGAAUUGCUUGUUCUAGAAUCUUCUGCGCGGAAGCAUAAAUGCAAGGUUCUUAAAAUAAAAGUGAAUGAGUUGCUUUUUGAUAAGAAACAGUCCGAAUGCUGCUUCCGUUAUUACAUACCUACCCAUAUAAAUAUAGAUGUGGAGUGAUAUACGUCUUCAGUUCAGAAGAUGACGAAUAUACGAUUAUUUCGAGGUAAAGAAGCAGUUAAGGAGAUAAAGCGUUUAAAGAUAGAUGAUGUUUUUCUCUAUCAGUGGUACAUCGAUCAGGGCGUCUACUGCUACAUUAGGUACCUGAAUUCGAAACCUGCAGCAUUUGCGCUAAUAUCAAGAAUGAACUUCGAUCCUCUAGAUAUUCAUAAAAAUCUUAAGAUGCUGAAUUACGUCUAUACUUUACCGGAGUAUCGAAGAAGAGGAUAUGCCGCCGAACUUGUGACUCACAUCAUUGGCGUUACUGAAUUUUCAGCAUUUUGUUCCAACGAGGAGUCCGAAAAAUUGUUUGAAAAAUGCAAUUGCACAAAUCACGGUAUAGUAAAUAACGCCGUAAUGUUUAGAUACCCUUAAUAAAACACGUUUUGCAUAAAUUGUUUUUAUUCCUAAUAUACCUAUAAAUAGAUUAAUGACCUAUAAAUAGAAUUUGCUUAUACCAACCUAUAUAACUUUCGCAACUCCCUAUACAUUUAUUAUCGAAUUUAUCGUAACGUUGAGUGGUAUCAUUGAAUAAAAACACUAUUUUUAUUCAAUGGUGGUAUCUAGGAGGAGUUCGCUAUAUAUGCGAUACAUUAUUCAGAUUUUUCCCAUUCCAAUUCGAUCAUUCGUUGAGAUCAGUCGUAUUGUAUCUGUUGGUGCGAAUUUUAUUAGUCGUAUUUUAUCUGUUAGUGUGUAUUUUCUUAGACGUAUUAUAUCUAUAGACGUGCAAGAUGUUUACCGAUUUAGUAAAACAGAUUGCAAGUAUUUUAAGUGUGCUUAGAACUAAGUAUAGUGGCAAAACCGUGAGGCAAGGGAUAAUUAAGUGUGAUAAGGCUAGACGUAGGAUUCAAGAUUCGAUGCGUAGGUCAUUAUCCAUAGGUGAAAGGCAACAUCUUGAGGCUUGUUUACGUAAUAUUAAAUCGAUGCGUAAACACUUUAAAUUAGAACAAAGGAGAGGCUUGGGUAUAUCUUUGAAUAAAGGAACCUCCACUUCGGCUUUUAGUAAUAGAAAAGAAACCGCAAAAGAUCGCGUGCAUUGGGAUGACUCCAUUUCGGCUUUUAGCAAUAGAAUACGAACUGGAGUUAUCACUAAUCUUAAACAUAAAGACCCCGGCAACUUCUUAAUGGAUUGUAAGACCAUCUUCAAAAGCCGAAUUCAUAACGCGUUGAAGCAAGAUGAGGCUGUGAAAAUAAAUGCGAUUUUUUGCGGGGAAUUUGUGAUUACUCAAGGUGAAAAGAUGCUUAAUGAGUAUAAGUACUUUACAACAUCAAAUGCGGCAAUAUAUAGGGAUACUAACAUAGAUGAGUGGUUUAAGGAGAAGGUUGAGAAACCAAUAAUGAAGAAAUUAUCGGAAUUUCAAGAACGUGAUAGUGGUUGGGGACUUAGUGCCGUUGUUAAUUUAGGAGUGAACAUUAACAAAUUUACACCUCAACUUGGCUCUUCAUAUAUUGAGUUACCUGUCCUGAUUAAGAGAAAAGAAGCUUGUAUCAACGUUAAGAACGAUGACAAUGCGUGCUUUGCGUGGGCGGUGGUUUCAGCGUUGUAUCCUGUUGAUAAACAUCCUCAAAGAAUAUCCAAAUACCCUCACUACUCUUCCGUGCUCAAGCUAAAAGGGAUCCAGUUUCCGAUGACUAUGCGACAAAUUCCGAACUUUGAAAAACAAAACAACAUCUCCAUUAACGUGUAUAUUCUGAAGAAGGAGAAAAAAGACCAAUUUAAUACGUUGCCUACCUACCUAACGAAGGAAAAGAGGGAUAAACAUGUGAACCUGCUUUUAGUGCAAGACUGCUACGAACAAUCGACCAAGUUCCAUUAUGUUUGGAUAAAAAAUCUUUCACGGCUAGUAUCGAAGCAGUUAAGCAAAGAAAAAAGGCAAAAGUAUAUUUGCGAUAGAUGUCUACAUUUUUACCGUUCUGAAGAUAAAUUACAUAAGCAUAUUAAGGAUUGCAUACAAAAGAAUGAUACAGCCAUCAAGAUGCCUACAGAGGAAAAAAAGAUGUUGAAGUUUAAAAAUUUUAAAAAUAAAAUAAAAGCCCCCUUUGUCGUAUAUGCAGAUCUCGAGAGCGUUCUGAAACCUAGCACAAAAAAGACUGCAUACCAACAACAUAUUCCAGCAGCUGUGGGAUACUACUUCAAGUGCUCAUACGAUGAAUCUCUUUCGUUCUACAACAGCUACCGCGGUGAAGACUGUAUGCGAUGGUUUGCUGACGAGAUGAAUAAGCUUGCGGAAGAUGUCUCUACGGUGUUUCUUUGCCCCUACAAGAUGCAUAUGACACCACAGCAGGAACUUGAAUUUCAAGCAGCAACGCACUGCCAUAUUUGUGAACAGUCAUUUAAAUCUGGUCAAAAGAAAGUUCGAGAUCACAAUCACCUUAUCCCGGAGAACAACUUCCGCGGAGCGGCAUGUGAGGGAUGCAACGUCAACUACCAGGACACUCAUACAAUUCCGGUGGUGUUCCACAACUUGAGUGGAUAUGAUGCUCACUUUGUUGUAACAGAUAUUGCCACUAGAAUGGACGGCAAGAUCGACUUGCUCCCUAUAACCAAGGAGAAAUAUAUUUCUUUUACCAAACACAUCAACGAGUCACGCAUAUGCUUUAGAUUUAUAGACAGCUUCCGGUUUAUGGCAUCAUCGUUAGAUAAAUUAUCAUCAGCUCUAACGAACUUUCCUAAAGUCACAAUUCUCUACACUACCUGAAGAUCAAUUUAAUAUUUUA